UGUUUGGACUCAGUGAAAGUACACUUUGUUCCAGGAGAAUUGCCAUAUGAAAGCCUAGAAUAUAUAUUGAGUUCUCCCAAGAAGGGGGGAAUGAUCGCGUUCUGGGACAGUGAGUGCUGACUUGGUGCUGAAUGAAUGAUCGUCAUGUGCUCCUUUGCUUGCAGGCUCGCUUCUCGUAUGUGCGGAUGAAAUAUCUUUUCUUUUCCUGGUUGGUGGUUUUUGUUGGAAGCUGGAUUAUAUAUGUACAAUACUCUACAUACACAGAACUAUGCAGAGGAAAGGACUGUAAGAAAAUAAUAUGUGACAAGUACAAGACCGGAGUUAUUGACGGGCCCGCAUGUAACAGCCUCUGUGUUACAGAAACUCUUUACUUUGGAAAGUGUUUAUCCACCAAGCCCAGCAAUCAGAUGUACUUAGGAAUUUGGGAUAACCUACCAGGUGUUGUGAAAUGUCAAAUGGAACAAAAACUUCAUCUUGAUUUUGGAACUGAAUUGGAACCCAGAAAAGAAAUAGUGUUAUUUGAUAAGCCAACCAGGGGAACUACUGUACAGAAAUUCAAAGAAAUGGUCUACAGCCUCUUUAAAGCCAAGUUAGGGGACCAAGGUAACCUCUCUGAACUGGUUAAUCUCAUCUUGACAGUGGCUGAUGGAGACAAAGAUGGCCAGGUUUCCUUGGGAGAAGCAAAGUCAGCAUGGGCACUUCUUCAAUUAAAUGAAUUUCUCCUUAUGGUGAUACUUCAAGAUAAAGAACACACCCCCAAACUGAUGGGAUUCUGCGGUGAUCUCUAUGUGACGGAAAGUGUUGAAUAUACCUCUCUCUAUGGACUAAGCCUUCCGUGGGUCAUAGAGCUUUUCAUUCCAUCGGGGUUCAGAAGAAGCAUGGAUCAGCUGUUCACACCGUCAUGGCCCAGGAAGGCUAAAAUAGCCAUCGGACUUCUAGAAUUCGUGGAAGACGUCUUCCACGGCCCCUACGGGAACUUCCUCAUGUGUGACACCAGUGCCAGAACCCUAGGAUAUAACAGUAGGUACGAUUUGAAAAUGCUGGACAUGAGGAAAAUUGUGCCAGAGACAAACCUGAAAGAACUCAUCAAGGACCGUCACUGUGAGUCUGACCUGGACUGUGUCUACGGCACAGAUUGUCGAACUAGCUGUGAUCAGAGUACAAUGAAGUGUACUUCAGAAGUCAUACAACCAAACUUGGCAAAAGCCUGUCAGUUGCUCAAAGACUACUUACUGCGUGGUGCUCCCAGCGAGAUUCGUGAAGAACUAGAAAAGCAGCUGUAUUCUUGCAUUGCUCUCAAAGUCACAGCACACCAAAUGGAAAUGGAACAUUCGUUGAUACUAAAUAACCUGAAAACAUUACUGUGGAAGAAAAUUUCCUACACAAAUGACUCUUAGUUCAUUUGGACAUUGUGACCAUUUUAAGAAACCGAGCCCUUCGAAGGAAAAUCUUGAGCAUUUUUUAAAACGGCUCCUGAUUUAAAUCCCUGCCAGUUACACAAAACUCCUUUCCCCAGGUCCUAAGAAGCCAUCGUCUUGAAACACAUGUUGACUACAGAAGUAACGGCUGGAGGUACAGAAUCAAAAGAUCCAAACAUUUCAUUCCUACCCUUUUAGAAGUCCUGGUACAUUUCCUGCUAAAUUCACUGUGUAACUAUUUUGACUAAUGACUUAAAAUAAUGCUGUGAAAAGCUUCAUUCCAUAAACAUCAACAGUGAGCGUAUUUUGUAGAUUUUGUUAGCCAGAAUACCAGUGCUGGAAACAUUGUUUGCAUCAAAGCUGCUGUUUAAAAAAGAAAAUUUAUACAUAAAUUUACUAAUGUCUUAGCAUGGUAAAGUUUGCACAGUAACAGAAAUUAAGACUGCAAAAACAGGUAAAUUAAAAUUACUCCUUUAUAAACAAAUGUUGGGUUAAUAGCAUGGUUUCUUGUAUUAUACACAUUUAACUCAUUCAGACAAAUUUUAUGUGGCUUCAAAGUGUUGAAUGGCUCUUACUGAGCCUCUUAGAAUUUAACCCCAUCAGGACGUGUCCUACUUGGCAGUUUAUGUAACGGCCGGUCUGAGAGGCUGAACACAGACAAGCUUCCACCAUCCUGGACUCGGGGGGGUCUCAGUGUCCAGCCAGCCAACUGUCCUUCAAAACGCUUCCCUUUAGGCCACUGACCCAAUGCAGAUCCACCCACCUUGAAUUUGAGCUGAGAAAGUGGGACAUUGAGAGCAGGGCUCUGAAAUCAUACAACUUGAUAGUAAUUUUCCAUUUCAAACAGUACUUCCUAUUGGCCAAAGGGCUAUUUAAGAGGCAUGUAAAUUUAUCCACCUAACAACACCUUUUCUCAUAUAAAUGCCAUAUACAAGGAUUAAUAUUUGCUCCUUUCAUGUUUAUUCAAAUUUGGCAUGUGCCUUGCAACAACUCCAUAAACUGCAAACACCCCGUGAGAAAAAAACACAGUAUUUUCUGCUUAAAGAGUUCACCGAGGUAAAGUGAAUAUAUGUAAAAUUACGACCUACACUGGACGACUUUCUCUCAAAAAUUAAAACUAUGGAUUAACACCAGUUUUGCUCACUUUAAAGCUGUAUACUUUGAAGGUACUUUCUCUUCCCGCUCAUCUGUGGUUACAAUAAAUGAAUGGGAG